AUGGAGUCGACAGCAGGCCAGUUCAGCCGCCUGAUGGGCAUUUUCAUUGAACAGGAAAUUCGGCAUGGAGUAAUCAACAUGUCGCACGUCGAGCCCGGGAAGCUAGCACGGCUAUCGCAGCUGCAAUUCCAGGAGCUGGCUACAGAUGUGUACGACGAACUCAACCGGCGUAUGAACGAGGCCCAUGAAGUCCCGUUCCUACCGGUCCGCGACCACUACCACCCAAAGCGGAACCAGGCGCGGCAGAAGUUGGCCACGCUGUCGCGGCCAAAGUUUGUAGACCUUGUCCAGGACGUGAAUGCGGAGCUGAGGCGCCGGUUCCCUAACCAGGUUGUCAGCAAGGCUCAGUUCCUGUGUGCCAUGUGUCGAGCAAGGCUUGGCUACGGGAUCCGCUUGCAAGGGGCCCUUGUGCUCUUUGGUGCUCCGUAUCCACCAGCUGCGCUCACAGGCCGACUGCCGAGCUCAGAUUGA